CAAAACCACAACUCAAAAGACAAUCAGUGUAAAUAAUAAUUAAAAAUAAAAACAUCUAAAAACUGCCAUAAUAGUGCUUAAAACCAAACAAAUUUGCCAUAAAUUAUAAAUAGAACAAAGAAAUUAGAACAAAAUAUAAAAACUUACAAAAAAAAAACAAACAAAAAACUAAAUGCUGAAAAAUGUUAAAAACUUCAAUUAAAACGUUAAAAUACUUAACAUUGUUAAUUGUGCUACUUAUACAAAUUCAAAGAAAUUGCGCCAAAACAAUCAACGAAAACAGCAACAACCACAACAUCUACAACAACAUUAAACGCAGUAGCAGCAGUAAAAACAAUAACAACAGAGCACCACUUAUACCCCUUCUACAACAAUCCAAUGAUAGUAGUACAACAAAAAUACAAACAAAUGUUAAAAACUUUGAAAAAGCUCAGCCAAGUAAUCAACCAAAAAAUUCAACAACAUUAACAGCAGCAUGUAAACACACACACAAUGGAACUGUGGUGAAUUUCAAUCGCUGUAAACAAGAAUACUCCUCCACUAGCAUGCGUCGUAAAAAACGCAGCGUUUUCCACGUACGCUGGAAUCCCAAUGAACGAUUCAUCGUAGAAUCUCAUGAAAAUCCAGCCAUUAAUUCUUCCAAACUUGCACCGCAUCCCCGUCUCAAAGUCUCCAAAACAACCAAACUCACAUUGAACCCCAAACUGUAUCUGUGUCAUGACAAAUACUCACAAAUGUGCGAAAAUAAAACGAUGGUCUUUAAGGAACGCAUAUUACGUGCUUUCGAUAAAGCCAUGAUGGAAUCGUUGAAUGAAUCGAAUUUUUAUAAUGUCGAUUUUAAACCGGUAUUUGGUGAUAGUUUUGAGGAGCAAUAUUAUCCCUCGACCUGUCUCGUCAUGGAAGCUGGUGUACGUGUGCUGAAGCGUAAAGAUCCACCCUUUAAUAAACUACAAUUUGGAAAGUUAUUUCCAAAGCAGAAACUAUUUCGUCAGAAUAAGAAUAUUAAGACGUGUGCCAUAGUGUCGAGUGCUGGUUCGAUGUCGGGUUCGAAACUGGGAAGAUUUAUAGAUACUCACGACAUCGUAAUGAGAUUUAAUCAUGCUCCAACUCGAGGAUACGAAGUGGAUGUGGGCAGUAAAACCACCAUACGUGUGGUGAAUUCUCAAGUUGUCACGAAGCCUGAAUUCGAUUUUACACAUGCACCCAUUUUUCAAAAUGUCACUAUUGCUGCUUGGGACCCCGGCAAAUAUAAUGGUUCACUAGAGGAUUGGUUGACUACGUCCGAUUAUGAUUUAUUUACGAAUUAUGAAAUGUAUCGUCGUCGCUAUCCCAAGUCACGUGCCUUUUUAAUUGAUCCUCAUUCGAUUUGGCGUUUGUGGCAGAGUUUGCAAAUGUUUGCUAAUAAUAGACCGAUACGAAAGAAUCCGCCAAGUUCGGGUUUUAUUGGUCUUGCUCUACUUCUACCUCAUUGUCCUGUCGUUGAUUUCAUAGAAUACAUUCCGUCGACACGUCUAAAUGGUCGCUGUCAUUACUACAGCAAAGAGAUAAAUUCCGCUUGCACCUUUGGAGCCUGGCAUCCGUUGGCUGCUGAAAAAUUAAUGGCAUUGGAUAUGAAUGUAGCCGAUGACAUGUCCGUUUUUCAAUUUGGCAUCUUACGUAUACGACGACCCAACAAACUAUUAUGUGGAUUUAAUUUUUUGGGCUAUUAAAAGGACACUGAUCCACUCAACCACAAUGACACUUAAAUUAAAAGCAAUAAGGAUAAAGGGAAAUUAAUUAAUUUGAAUUUGAAUUUGAACAGUUAUUAAAACUUCCAUAAAAGAUUUGUGCAUUGAUUUCCGGUUUCUAUAGUGAUCAAUAAUUAUUUUUUAUUUUAAUUUCCUGUGAUUUAAAUCCAUCUCUCCAAUAUACAUAGUCAUUAUAAAACAAUCAAUUUUUAUUUAUUUACACGAUUGAAUUACAAUAAAAUUGUAGCUGUUAUUGUUUUUUUUGUUUUUGUUCUUAAAUCCAUUUCAAUCAUUUCAAUAAAAAACGGCAACUGCUGCAAUAACAAACGUAUUUACUUGCAACAAACCAUAGAAUGCAGAAAAAUUAAACAUUUGUACGUUAAAAUAUUACGGAAAUAUUUUUUGAAACAAUAAAACAAAAAAAUUUGCAAUAAAAACAA